AUGGCUGAAGAUGAUGAUUUGCCAAUGUUGUUAUCAGCCCACACUCUAUCAGCACUACAUGAAUUUCUUAUAGAUCAACAAACAGCGCAGGAUCAAUUUGAGAAAUUACGUGCGAGGUCAGAAGCUCGAUUUAAUGAGAAUAACAAUGAAGAUGGUGAUCAAGCUUUGAAUGAUGGUGAUGAUAUUAAUGAAAUGAAUUUGUUCAAGGAGGAUUGGCAGUUAAGCCAAUUUUGGUACGAUGAAAAUACCUCACAAACAAUCGCUGAAGAAAUACUAAUAAAUGCUGCGAUCAAUAAAAGCGAUGAAUAUUUUCGCAUAGCAUGUAUCAGUACUCCCACGAUUUUUGUGAAAUUAAAGUCUUUAAUACGAAAAUCUCCCAACAACAAUUUGUUGCGAGCUUCUCUUUUCGAGUACGAUACACGAUUUGACGUUUACGGAGAAGAUUUCAUUCACUACGAUUAUAAACAGCCGACUCAGUUUCGUGAUGCUGUACUCUUGAAGGGAACAUUUGAUUUUGUGGUUGUGGAUCCGCCUUUUUUGAGCGAAGAGUGUUGUACCAAGACAAUGAUUACUGUUCGGUGGUUGGAGAAGCGGGAUGCAUGCAAAAUAAUUGCGUGUACAGGUGCAGUUAUGGCUGAUUUGGUCGAAAGAUUGAUUAAAGCACGAAUAACUUCAUUUUAUCCUCAACAUCAAGCGAAAUUUUGA